AUGCCCCGGAAGACGAGCAAGGCCGCGAAGGUGGAGAAGGUCCUACACCUUCUUGAUACUCGGCAGGCAGGAGGACGUCGACGAAAGGCGACGGACAAGUACCAACAGAUAGUCAACGAGGAACAUGCAAGGGCGAAAGAAGCUCAAAACCGCGCGAAUGUCGCAGCAUUACGGAGGCGUCAAAGACUGGAGGAAGAGAACAAUUUCCACAAAAGAGAACGGACACACCUUAACGCCGUAUCAUCAAGCCGUCGAGUCUGA